UCCUCCUGCGCGGCGCGCUCCCUCCUCACUGACAUUCCUUCUACCUCUCACGUGUUUUCUGCGUAUAAAAGGGUCCCUGUCUGCUGCUCAUUAUGUCCAGUGGGUCACCAGACAAACGCAGAAAGAUGGAGACUGCCCUCAACCAGCUGAAAAAGCUCACCGUGGUGGUCGCGGACACGGGGGAUUUUAACGCCAUUGAUGAGUAUAAACCCCAGGAUGCAACCACCAAUCCCUCCCUGAUCCUGGCUGCUGCCAAGAUGCCAGCCUACCAGCACCUUGUGGAUCAGGCUAUUAAAUAUGGCAUUGCCAAAGGAGGGACUGAAGAUGAGCAGGUAGCAAACACGAUGGACAAGCUGUUUGUGAGUUUUGGACUGGAAAUCCUGAAGAAGGUCCCAGGUAGAGUCUCAACAGAGGUGGAUGCCAGAUUGUCUUUUGAUAAAGAGGAGAUGGUGGCAAAAGCUUUGAAGCUCAUUGCUCUUUAUGAAGAGGCAGGCAUCAGCAAGGAGCGUGUGCUCAUCAAGCUGUCUUCAACAUGGGAGGGAAUCCAGGCUGGGAAAGAGCUUGAAGAGAAGCACGGAGUUCACUGCAACAUGACUCUGCUGUUCUCCUUCGCUCAGGCUGUUGCCUGUGCAGAAGCAAAGGUGACUCUCAUUUCCCCCUUCGUUGGACGCAUCCUUGACUGGUACAAGGAAAACACAGACCGCAAAAGCUUUGAGCCACAUGAGGACCCAGGUGUGGUUAGCGUGACAAAGAUUUAUAACUACUACAAGAAGUUUGGCUACAGCACUGUAGUGAUGGGUGCCUCCUUCAGGAACACGGGGGAAGUGAAGGCCCUGGCUGGCUGUGACCUGCUGACCAUCUCCCCUGGACUGCUGGCAGAACUCAGCCAGGAUCACAGUGCUGUCACUGCGAUGCUCAGCGUGGAGAAAUCCAAGGCGUGUGAUUUGGAAAAGAUCCACCUGGAUGAAAAGGCUUUCCGCUGGCAGCACAAUGAGGACCGCAUGGCUGUGGAGAAACUGUCUGAUGGCAUCCGCAAGUUUGCUGCAGAUGCCAUUAAGCUUGAAGCUAUGAUCAAAGAAAAAAUGCUUGGUGUGAAAAACGGCCAGUAAUUGAAGGAUGUAUCUCCAGUUGAUGGCACUGAGGUGUGAGGUCCAAAGAGGAUGGCCUGUUUGUCCACAGAUGCCGAGGAGGAGUUUCAACUGUCGGAGCUGCCUCCUUUACCCUCUGCUCCAACUCCAGGGACCAGUCUUCUUAAUAAACACCUCUCCUCUCUUAGGGGGGGGACUGUUUCGUGACCAAAUAUAGAUAAUUGCUUCAUUGAGUGUUGGGUGUGACAAAGUGGCUCUAUAUUUGCUCAGAAAAAUUAUUCAUUUAA